GAUCCCGUCAUCCGUUCUUGGGAUACCUCUACCUGGAAACAGGCUGGUGAUCCCUGGAGUGGUCAUGAUGUCGACAACCACAUCUAUCCUAAUCAUCUUGAACCCGGCUGCACUCGACUUGGGCGGCUCGUAUUGCAUUCUCGGUCGAUGGUCGCUCUAUAUUCGGCGGCGACGACAACAAAAUAUCGCAAUGGGAGAUACCGGAGCAGGUCCUCGCAGCGGCGUGUGGUAAGGCUGGUCCUUCACGGGGCAAACAAAAGGCACGUAAUCGACAACGGCUUCUUCAUUCAGAAAUUCCUGGCCAGCGCCGCAGGGCACUGAACUACGACUCUCCAUCGCCACGCACUCAUGCCGAGAGCUCUUCAUUCUCUCCGUUGCACGAUUUCAGGACCUUUUUCAGUGGCAUCCGGCCGUCGUCAGACAAGCAAAAGGAGCGUCAACCAAAACAAAAGGCUCCGGAAGUCGUCGAUGUUCCUCUCGGGCAAGCCACAUAUGGUGAUGUUGUUGGCGUGGACGACGGAACACGUCCAUACUCGCUCUUCUGUUGCCUCAGCUGGUGCCAGAAAAAGAAGAAGCCGGAUCUGCCACUGCCAGUCUACGACGUCGACCUCAUGAAUGAAGAACAAGAGGAAAACAUUCCCAACACUCCCAUACCUACUUCUUCUACGCUCCCUCAAUUUUUCCAGCUCGACCAAAUCGAAUUGAAACCGAUGACUAACCAGUCGCAGCCCGAGGCAGGACCAUCUCGCCUUGCAUUUUUUGAUGAUCCCGGUCUGCGUAGUUAGUUACAUCUCUAGGAUCCUACAUCAUUACUCGAACCUUUAUACUGUGGUCACCCUUCCUCUGAUGACUGUGACCUCCAAACGGACUCUUUCUUUUUACUA